UCUACACAUCGGUUACAAUUUAGCCGCUGCGUUAAUCUGAGUUUUGCCUUUCACUUCAAGUAAAUUAUGUUUUUUGCAAUUAUUCCAUCCAAUCUUUCUUAUAUUGACAGACUGUCUUUUGCAGUAAGACUCUUACCGUUUCUGCGCUACUUUUGUAGUUCAUUUUUAUCAACAGCUUGAUCAGUUGUAUAGUUUGAUAAGAGAGAUAUCGGUGAUGGAGGCUCCGCCAGUCACUGUGAUGCCCGUCACGGGUGGAACCAUCAAUAUGAUGGAGUAUCUGCUGCAAGGCAGUGUACUGGACCAGCCUCUGGAGAGUCUCUUACAUCGGUUUGGUGGUAACAUGGAGCCUGAGAGCUUUGCUGAUUAUGAGCUGGUGUAUCUACUGAAGGGUCAACAGGGCAACACGUUCCUCCUGUGUGCCCGCCGCUCGCUUCUCCACCCUGGCUUCGCACCCUGGCACCUGCGCUACCUGGGCUAGCCUGAGGUGGGUGACAAGAGCCGUCACACCCUGGUGCGCAACUGCGUGGACGUGGCCGCCUUGCACAGCUUGCCGAAAUUCUUCAACGAGAUGGGCUUCCGCAUGGACCACGAGUUUGUGGCUAACGGCCAGGUGUUCUGCAAGGGUGCCAUGAAGGUGGUGGUGAGCAAAUUGUCACGUGUGCUGGUGCCGGGAAACAAGGAGAACACGGAGCCACUGUCUCUGUCGUAUCUGGUUGAGCUGAGUGUGCUGGCACCUGCAGGACAAGACACUGUCUCUGAAGACAUGAGGAGCUUCGCAGAGCAGCUAAAACCUCUGGUGCACCUGGAGAAGAUUGACCCCAAGAGACUCAUGUAGAUUCAGAGACUUGAUUACAUUAGAGAUUUUUGAUUUAAGGGGGGUUGUUUUAGUGUGAAGUUAGACCUCAAAUGUUGUUUGUAAUAUUUUUAGUUUAAUUGUUAUAGGCCUACUUGUGAUGGAUAAAAUGCUUAUUUUCUCGAAAUUAAUAUUUUCAAUAUUUUGAAGCUGAAUUGUGUAAUUUCUGCGCCACCGAACAUAAUGACAAAAAUAAACAUUGUUUUCAAACAGCUUUACGAAUACGCCCCCCCCCCCCCCACAAUGCAAGUUAAUGGUGACCAAAACUUUAAAGCACCUAAAGGCAGCAUAAAAGUAAUCCACAAUCCAGUGGUUUAAUCCAUGUCUUCUGUAGCGAUCCAGUCGGUUUUGGGUGAGAACAGACCAAAAUGUAACUUACACUGAUGAGCCAAAACAUGCUUAAUAUGCUGAGUCAGAGUUGUUGGUCCAGCACAUCCCACAGAUGCACAAUCGGAUUGAGAUCUGGGGAAUUUAGAGGCCAGGGCAGCACCUUGAACCCUUCAUCAUGUUCCUCAAACCAUUCCUAAACAAUGUGUCCAGUGUGGCAGGGUGCAUUAUCCUGCUGAAAGAGGCCACUGCCAUACCAUUGCCAUGAAGGGGUGUACCUGGUCUGCAACUAUGUUUAGGUAGGUGGCACGUGUCAAAUUGAUGUCCACAUGAAUUGGCGGACCAAGGGUUUCCCUGCAGAAAAUUGCCCAGAGCAUCACACUCCCUCCAAUGGCUUGUCGUCUUCCCAAAGUGCAUCCUGGUGCCAUCACUUCCUGAGGUGAACAGUGCACAUGUACACGGCCGUCCACGUAAUGUAAAAGAAACGUUCUGAUGCUCGCAUGCCCAUUGUAGGCACUUUGACGGUGGAUAGGGGUCAUCUGAGCACCCUGACCGGUCUACGGCUACACAGCCCCAUACGCAGCAGGAUGCGGUGCACUGUGUUGUGACAUAUUCUUUCUGUAACCAUCAUUAAAAUUUUCUGUGACUUGUGCCACAGUAGACCUUCUGUUGGUUUGGACCAGGCAGGAUAGCCUUUGUUGCCUCCUUUGCCUCGUUUGCCAAGGAUACUGCAGAUGUCUAGAUUUAUAGUGAAAAUUGUGUUACAUUUUGGUCCGUUUUCACCCAAAACUGAUUGGGUGAGAACCUGUCUUCUGUUUCACCACUAGAUGGCUCUUUUACUCCAUUUCUUUCCAAAUUCCAACUCAUGUAGCGAGUUGUGCUUAAGAAUGCCCCUUACUUGUGGUAAAAUCCUGUUUUGUACUGUUGUCAUAUGUAUUAAUAACACCACAUCAUGUUUGAUUUCUAAAUAUGGAAUCUUCAUGUGUAGUCCUUUCAUUAGCUAAAUAUCGAGCACCUUCUCAAUGCUCUUGUCCAGGCAGUUAGCCACAUAUUCACUUGUCUGUAUUAUUCAGAAGACAAUGUGCAUAUGCUUUAUGUUUGAGCCAUGUACUUUCUCCUAAACUCAAAAUAAGAAAGUUGUUCCUGCAUUGAGCUUAUUUUUCUUGUAAAGCACUAAUGUCACCUUUGACAGCUUACUUUAGAGUACAGUUCAUCAAUGGCAUUCACCCAUAUCAUGUGCCAACAUGAUAAAAAUUCCUUAAAAAAAUAAUAAAAAACAUUCUACUUUAUGUAUACAUUUAAUGUAUAUACAGUAAAUGUUAAAUUUGAAUAUGUUUUCACAUGAAGGGACAUUUUUAUCAUAUAAAAUAAGGCUUAAAGGAAAACUUUAUGUAAAAGAUUUCAGCAGAUAAGGAAACCAGAAAGGAGGCUUUUAAAUCAUUUUUAGAAUAUUGAUUUGCAUUAAUGACAAAAAAAAAAAAAAGUCAGCCUGUUUAACAAGCAGCUUAAUUAAAAGUUUUAGUGUGCACUCAUUCAUAAAAAUGUAAUUAAUGAUGCAGAUACCCAAACACAAAUUUGAAAUAUCAGUGUAUAUUUCAUAUUUAAAAAUGUGGAGGCAUGUGUCAAUGUGUCAAACUAUUCGUCAGACUUUUGUGCAUGUAUAAGAUCUGUGUACCCAGAUUAAUAUCCAGAUAAUUAGUAUUAAUUAAUAUUAUGAGCUUAUGUUGUGGUUGGCAAUUUACAAACGACAUGCUCACAUACACUUCAGUAUCAGUAAUACUGAUUAGAACGUGAGCUCUGCAUGACCUCCACACGCACACCUGCAACUGCCAGCUAAAGAGCUAACUGACGCAAACCAUUUCAGCCAUAGAAACGAUAAACAAUAUCAUCACAUGCACACUAAUUUCUGAGGAAUAAUGUAUUGUAUAGGUAGUGCUCUCGCUUUCUUUUGACUUCUAAUGGUUGUUUUACUCAUCUACUGAUAUUUUCUCUCCCCUAACCCUCACACAAUCCUUUCUGCAUUUUUAAAAUGUUAUUAAAACAUUGUUUAGUUAAGUUGUUUGAAUUAUGGUGACACUUGGGAUGUCCUUAUAAUGCUGAUAUACCUGCACACACACACACAUUUUACUAUCAUGGUGUGAACUUUCCAUUGACUUUUUGUCUUCAAUGAUUUUGCAUGUGUAUUAAUUUUAGCUCCUGGAAGGGCCACUUUUGAUGAACUUUGAGACAUCAUGCGGCCUUUUGUUAUUACUACAGUGUUUAACAAUACAUGUUAGGUGAAAAUCAGACUUAAGGUUAGUAUAUCAAGUUUAUAUCAUUUAAUAAUAUAAACGGUACCGAAACGUAAAGCAUACAGGCAUCAAAAUUACAUCCCUUAAAGCCUGAAAUGUGUUCCGUAUUUUUAAUGGUAAAUUUAACAUAAUUUUUUCGUAUGUUAUAAAGGUAUUAGAGGUGUAGGGCUGAGUCCUGAGUCUAUAUGUGGAACACUAGGUUGCAUAUGACAUGCUAGCACACUGGUAUACUCUUAUGUUUAGCAUGUAUUAUAUAAUGAGUGUGAGGUCACAUUAUCUGGUUCUCUGUGGGUGUAUUGUGUAACGUGAAUGUGAAUGUGCUGAAACAGUGGGUGUGUUGGGUGUAGACAAAGCAAAGUCUUCAUGUUUGUAUCCUGUGGAUAUUUUGUGGAUUUGGAUUGUGGUGAAUUAUGUCACUCUUGGAAUGUCUCAUUGUGUCGUGCCUGUAUGCAUGUCUGAUGUUUAAUGUUAGACAAAGCUGUCCAGUGUUCUUGGGUGAACACCAUUAUGUUUGGAAUUUUAAA